GCAACCACAUUCUCCCAGAUGAAGAUCUCUAUUCUUUCUACAUUGAACUUCUAAGCAGAGCUGAUCCCAGUAAACCAGCAAAGCUGACUCCAGAAAAUGCUAUCCAAGCAGCUGUGGAUUUUGUCAGGAAUCUACCAAGUGUUGAUAAUCUGGAUGAAGUUGGAGAAAUCAUAUUCAGGAACUCUAAAGGGAACAAGACAGAGCUGGUGUCAAAGUUCAAACAAUGUGUACAGUAUUAUUUAAAUGGCACAAACGAUGGAUUUCUUAAGUACAGGCCUCGGCUUGGGCAAUUUGGUGCUACUCCAAGACAAGGAAAUUACGCAAUGUCACAGAGAAAUAUUGAUAGCCCUGGAUUUACUGGAGAUCAUGUACCUCAGGUUGUGGUCGAUCCCCCCACGGGAGGAAAUGCCAACUUCAACCAUAUCCCUCCAGGAAUCCGUCAGGAUAUGUUAGCCGCAGUGUCCUCCUCCUCCUCCAGCAGUAGUGGUUCUAGUCCCAACAGGAACAGUCCAGAGGCUAACUGGUCCCAGUCCCUCAAAAUACAGGCACAAAUGCAAAGCAAACAACAGACAAAGUCCCCCCCAGGAGACUCUAAAAUCCCCCAGGUAUCCCCAGAAAUCAUGAGAAUCGCCAGUGAGAGGCACCAGAAGGGGUUGAUGCACCCUUGGAUUUAUCAGCUGCUAUCACAGGGAGAAAUGAAGAUCCCCGUCAGUUUGGAGGAUGAAGCCAGCAGGGAGCUGCCGACAGCAGCGGAGCUGUACAAACCAAUCCGACAGACCGUAUACUCCGUACUCUUCAACCUCAACAAACUGAAAAUCAUCCACGAAAAUCAGGUCAAAGAGAAAGGUGAUGCUCCUCCCUCUUCUCCUAAGUCUUUUGACAUACCUGUCAAGGAAUGGUCAGUGAGGAGGAACAAUGCUCGGCCCUCCUUUGACAUGGUCAUUGCCCGUCCUGUGGACUGGAAGACGCCGUCCAUUGAGCGGAUGUGGCUGGGUCAGCAGGUGGAUGAUAAGACCCGGCGUCUGAGGGCGUUCCUGACCUGUAUGGAGAGUGACACGCCCCUGAUGCUGAACACACAAUAUGUGCCUCAACAACUCCUAAUCCUCUGCUGUGUACUCAGGUACAUGUUGAGGUUUGGCCGAAUCCUUCAGCGCCUGGAGUUGGAUGCCUUCCUUGCUAUGAGUGUGUCUCCACUUCUACAUGAUGUACAAACCAUGCAGGAUCUUAAGUUGCCUAAUGUUUUGCCACGAGGAAUCCACUUGGCCUCUUUACUGAUGUCUGGUGUGGAGACUGCAGUGUUUGCUAAUGACGUGUGUGGGGCCCCCAUACCCUGGAACAUGUGCCUCCCCUGGCAGUUCUUUGAUGGCAAGCUGUUCCACUUCAAGCUACUGAAGGCUACCAACAAUACGCCACUGAUUGACAUGUGUGACGGACAGGUGGAUCAAGUCCUUCAGGUGGAGAGGAUGAGACAGGCCAUCAUGGAGGGACUACAGUUUGAGUUUGCCAAGCCAAUGCUCCCCGCCCCCUCUCUGUAUACUAACUAUCCCUACGGAUACCCCCCGUUCCCCAACCCAAACAACCCCAUGAACUUCCGCCCGGCAGGCAUGGGGCCCCCCAACAAUAGGAUGGGGCGGCCAGGUGGAAUGCCUGCAGGAAUGGGACCACAACAGAAUCAGCCCAAGACUCCAGGAAGGGGCAGGGGAAUUCUGGGCCGCUCUCCAGUGGAUGCCCGCGGGGGACAGCUGGAAAUCGCGGGGGUCGUGGUGGGAAGCUGGGGACCCAAUAUUCCAUCGGCAGGCAGGGGACGUAACUCAGGUCUGAGUCCCAGGGUCAUGUCUGUUGGCAGGGGAGAAAACGGGGGAAACGGCUACCCAAAUAGGGGAGGGAUGAACCCCAUGCGUGGAGGAAUGCCCCCUAUGAGAGGUGGGGGUAUGGGUAUGGGAGGUGGACCAAUGAUGUUCCGAGGAAUGAACCGACCAAUCAGAGGACGCAUGGGACAGCCCAUGUACGGCUACGGCAGGGGAGCCAUGAGGAUGCCCAUGGACCGGGGAUAUCCAUUCAGGGGACGUGGUGUUGUCAGAGGAGUUCGUCGACCUCAGGUCAAGGUCAGACCAAGGCCCGGGAAAUUCAAACCAACUGCCAAGCCCAAAACAAAUGGCAAGGGUCGCGGAAUCACCAUUGAAAUUAUUGAAGAAAGUGUUGCAAUCUCCCAAGUGAACGGCCAUUCAGACGAUGCAUAUGAAGACGCCGAUGCUGACGAUAAUCUGACAACACCGAUGGGUAAAGGCCGCAUCCACGAAGGAAUCCAGAGUCCCGACAGUGGUAUCCACGGUGACAAGUCGGCAACGGACAUCAAUGCAUAGACUGACAACUUAUUCUAAUCAUUGUUCUCUUUUUCUGCAAAGUUCCUGUGUGUGUGUUAAAACAUUUAUCUCUACAGCGACGACAGUGUUAUGUAGUUAAAUAUUUACACACACACACAAACACAAAAACAAGGUGGGUACAGUGAUAGCCAGUCCUGUUUAUUUUUUCCCCCAGAUUUCUAUUGUUUUCGUUAUAUUUUUUUCUUCCUAUAUUUUGUAUGGUGGACUGGUCACUGUAUUCUGUGAUGUGAUGUGGAUAAGAAUCGUAUGAUUAUUUUCUUCAUCAUGUCACCCAAAAAAAACUGGGAACUGUUCAACAAGCAAAGACUGGCGAUUACAGAAUUUUUCUUUAGUUUAUACUUUAUUUUCUUAUCAGAUGUUAGAUUUCCUCAAAGCCAGUGUUGACGUCUUUGCUUUUUGAAUGGGGCCUGUAUUUCCUAGGUUCCGGAGACCUGGUAUGAACAAAACGUCCAAUAUUGAUGCCAGAUGUCUCGGGAACUUGGAAAUGUAAAAUCUUAUUGACGUGUAUAAAAUGUGAAAUCAGAACUGAACAACUUCCUCAGUGGUAUUUUCUGUCGUGAUAUUAGUGGGACGUGUUGAAAAAGGCUGCAAACUGCCAAAUUUUUUCUGCAGUCUUUAUGUUUGACAUGAUUGCUGAUUUUUUUUUUUUUGAUGAAGCAGUAAGGUUGCUCAAGAGAGAGACGGAGGAGUUGAAGAUUUUUCAGGGAGACAUUUUAUUCACAUCAUGUUUGUUGAACAAGGCUCUUACUAUUGUAAGGUGGCCUCUAUUGUUGCAUUUAUAUUUUCCAAUGGUGGUCUUUUGACUUCCAGUCCACAAAAAUGGUCGGAUGCCAAAGUCAAAUGCACUCGACUGGAACGCUAGAGUUAAGACAUGAAGAUGUGAGAUGGUAGGACAGCCUUGGGAAUUUUUCUUUCAACUACAGAAAUUCAGUCUUAAUACAAAGCACUUUUUCUUGUAAUACUAAAAAAAUUUUGAAAAUGCAUUUACAGUAUCUCUCCUUUUUUUCAAAUAAAUUUGGUUAUUAAAAUCUUGAAGAUAUGAAAUUAAAAUCUCUGCACACCAACAUUUUGGUAUGUAAAACUAUGAGUUUUGGGAAUGAAUAAUAUAUAGGUAUAUUGAAAAAUUUUCAUUGUACAUUUUUAUGAGCUGUCUUGCUAGAAUCACAGUUGAGGCCUUAUAGUUGACAUUGGUAAUGUUAGGAAGUGGAUGCAUGCACAAGUGUUCAAAUGGCCCAUAUUGUUUUUUUGACUUUUAUACAGAAGACCUCUACAUUAUUUUUGUAUGUUUCUAUAUUAAUUUUUAUUAGCAAAACAAAUUGUUUGAAAAAAAGAUCAGUAUUUGUCAUGUGAAUUUGUGUGUGCUUUGUCCAGGGAAGAGAUUUUGGGCCUCAAUAUUUUAUUUCAUUAAGCCACCCAUCUGAUGUUCUAGACAAAACCGGAAAUUUGAACUUUUUUUCUCGUAGGAACUGAGUCUAUAAAACUGUACUUCUCUGUUUCUUCUAUGGAAGCCAGAAUUGGUUAACGUUCUUGGACGUCUGUGAUAUACUUGUUUAUUUCAUAUUUUUAUGUUUCUUUCAUACAGAUCAGUAUUCUUAAGGCUACUUUCAUUUGGUUUUCAGUUUUCCUCUAAUUAUUUUCUCUCUCAAUGAAAACAAAUUUAACAUUUUUUUUUGUAUCAAUGAGCUUUCUCUCUCAGUGGAAACAAACUAUUAAUAGAAGUUUUUUUUUUCUCAACGAACUUUCACAGUCUAGAAUAUGAUAUGGACAGGGUUUAAAAUAAUGGAUAAAAACAAAAAUAAUGUAUUAAAUUGUGGUAAGGUUUGUCAAGGGUUUGGGCGGAAAUCAUUGUCAGGAUUUUUAAGUGUGCACACUAUGAAGCAAUAUUACCAGUCAACUAGGAUGUAUAAAACAUUCUGGAAUUGACAAAGAAAGUAGGUUUUACUCUUAUUUAAGAGUUUCUAAUGAGUCUCUAAAGAAAAAAAAUACAAAGAUGAAAUAGGAUAGGCAUAUUGAUUGUUUUAGCAAGGAGUGGAAUUUAGUACAUUGGUUAGGAAUAUUUUCUAUGUGAAUUUCAAAAUGUGUUAUACUUGUUCAGGAGAGCAAAAUUCAAUCCACAUACAAGACUAUUUCGAGAAUUCCUUUGGUAUCUGUGGUGAAAAGAUGCUUUAAAUGAAAGAUUAUAAACUGACCUUUGACAUUUUUGAUGUGUCCUUUAAGCUGUUGCCAUGGCAACUUGGACUGGUUAAGAAACAAGACUUGGUGAAAAUAGAGAUGAAUUUAAGAAGAAAUUAAUUCAAGUAAGGAUCCAUAUUAUAACAGAAUUGUUCUUUGUUUAAAUGCACUUAUUUUUUUCCACAGUGAAAAAUUUCUUUUUUGUGGAAUCAUUAUCUCAUAGGAAAUGUAAUAUGAGAUGAGAAGUGAAGAGAACCAGCGAUAGCUUCCUUUGAAAUGGUUUCUUCUUUUUUAAAGAAAAGCAAAACAACUAUUAGGAAAAGUUUACUUUGCAACAAAAAAGUAACCCCCUAAAAAGAUUGAAGCAUGCAGAAGUAUCCAUGCUUGUUUUUCAUUUUGAAAUGAAAAAAAAUCCCUUUAUCCGGCUGGAAAAGGGUCAUUAAAAUGGGACAUUGAAAAGGAGGAUAUUUUUUUUUGAAUAAAAUGAUGGAAAUCUCCUGGUCCCUAUUGUACAUUAACUCUUUUAAUUUUUUCUUUCAUUUUGUAUUAUGUAUAAUAUUUUACUGUAAAGCUGAUUUGAUUGAUAUCAAUUAGCUAAGGUUUUGUAGUUAUUACAAAUGUUAAAUAUGCUUACGUAUUGAUUAAUGACUGGAAUUAAAAUGUCAAGAAGUCAGUAAUUUGGGGGAAAAUUGAUAAAGCUAAUAAAAUACAAUCUUAUCCUAAGUAAAUAUAAGGGGGGGUUGGUUAUGGUCUUGUAAGUUUCUCAAAAGAAAAAAAAUCUCUGAAUUACUGGCUUCGCCUUUGUAUUACUCUAUUUAUCAUGCAGUCUUGUGUGUUUUAUAAAGUGGUAGCAUUAUGCUUGCUUUCAAACAGGGAAAAAAAAAAUAAAUGUUUCUUGGAAAGCUUCCAGGGACACAAAAAAUAAAAGCAUGUUGUAAAAAUAUGAUAAAUUCUCCUCCCCCUCACUACAAGAUUAUUAUGUUGUAAUUUUGAAUAUUUGCUUCUCACAUUUUUUUUCUCUAUCUUUUGUUAUUCAAUAACAUAAAGUAUUGGAAUGGAAAGUAGUUUAACGAAAUAUGGAUUGCUUUGUACAGAAUAUUCCAAAAAUUGGGUUUUUUCAUUAAUUUGUAUUUAAAUAUGUUUUUGAUUAAUUUUUCACACUCUUUUUUUGCCAUGAUUUUGUUGAAGUACUACUUUAAACAUGUAGAAGAAACCUAGUUCAAAGACAUUUAUUUGAUUGAUUAGAGGAAACACUGUAAUAUUGAUAACAGUUGAUAGCAAUGCUACAGAAACUACUGAAUACAGAGGUACCAACAAAUCAUGGCAUUGCUUUUUGUUUCACGCUGUUUUUAAAAUGUUUAGCAAAAUUGUAAAUGAGUUCUUUUUUAUAAAGGUGUAUAGUUGAAAUUUUGUUUUCUAAAGCAUGGCCUAUUUUUAGACGUCUUUGGAUAAGGGAGUUCAUUUAAAACCUUUUUUCUCUCUAAAGAAAGGCAUGUUUGAGCAUUGCAUGAAAUGUGCAUGAAACAGUUUAUGUUUCUGUAGUUUUUUUUUUCAUUUUUUGCCCAUCUUUGGCAUCAUAACAAUACAAUUAAUCCAGUAUUUGGAAGAAUGGUAUAUUUACAUGUAAGCACUUAUUAAGUAGUAAUAAUUUUUUGCAAGCAAAAGUUGUGCAGUGUGGUACAUUGUAUUUUGAAAUAUUGUAAAAUAAAAAAGGAACAGAAUUCUUUAGGAGGAUGCCACAUCUACACCAACUUUUGCUUGUGGUCUUUACUCUGUAUACAUUGUGUAUUUGGUAACUUUGCCAAGUUUGACAAAUUCUCCUUAUAUAAUCUAUAUUGUGUACUACUCCUUGCUUAGAUAGAGAUACAUAUAAUAUUUUACUAUAGGUGAGAAUGACAGACUAUUUUUGAGUUCUUAGGAUUUAAGGCCUUCAUGGUAUCAUGUAAACGAAUUGCAAGUUAAGUCAAAAUAAGAUUGAGAGAGGAAUCGGUUAAAUUUUUUUGGCUCUUUGCAAACCAGUUAUUUGUUAGGAUUAAACUUCUAUACAACAGUAAGAUAAGAAUGGCCUGAGAUGGAAGAGGGUAGCCCAGACAUAAUGACAUUUGAAUGGACUGUCAAGUGUUUUUGAAUAAAUGUUGUUUUUGUGGA